GCAGCCUCCAAUUGGUCCACCCUCCUCUCUUGCUAGAAAAAACCGCAAAAAAAUCGCAUUUUUCUGUCGAGGUCUUCGGAGUCGUCAAACUAGAGCCAGUCCUCGAAUUCGUCGAUCAUCGUGGUGGUGAUUUGGAACCGGAAGCGCCGCGCUUCCCUUCUGUUCCUCUGAUCGGCCUCACUCCAGUUCGGCGCGAGAUUUGGUCCGGGGGAGGGAGGGAGAGCAGUGGCGUGGCGGCCGCCAUGUUUGGGUCCAGGGUCCAGGGUGAGGUGGAGAUGCAGAGGAGGACUAACAACAGGAUCUUUCCUGAUGAGAGACAAAAUCAAUCUAAGCCACUAUAUCAAGUUGCAAGGGCCGACAGAUUUGGUGCAAAUAGAAUAGAUGCAAAGAACCCUGAGAGGCUUAAGGUGUUCAACGAAGGCAACAAACCAUGGCACCGGCGCAUCCUAGACCCUGGAGAUAGUAUUGUACUAACAUGGAACAGGGUGUACCUAGUGUCCUGUUUGUUUGCCCUUUUUAUCGAUCCUUUCUUCUACUACCUUCCAUUGGUUAAACAAGAAGAAAUUAAUGGAUCUGCAUGUGUUGCCAAAGACCAACGAUUGAGCAUAUAUAUCACUGUCCUGCGGUCACUUGCUGACUUGUUUUACAUGCUGAACAUUGCAAUCAAGUUUCAUACUGCAUAUGUGGACCCAAAGUCCAGAGUACUUGGAAAGGGAGAGCUCAUCGUGGAUAUAAACAAGAUUCAACAAAGAUAUUUCAGAACUGAUUUCAUUAUAGACGUACUUGCAGCUGUGCCAAUUCCACAGGUUACUGUGUGGUUAAUUAUGCCUGCGAUAAAAAGCUCAGAUUAUAACAUCCGGAACACUUCAUUUGCUCUCAUUAUUGUGAGUCAAUAUAUCAUAAGAAUGUAUCUCAUUGUCCCUUUAAGCAAUCAGAUUAUCAAAGCCGCUGGAGUUGUUGCAAAGUCAGCCUGGGGAGGAGCAGCAUACAAUCUUCUGCUCUACAUGCUUGCAAGCCAUAUUACUGGUGCAAUAUACUAUCUUCUCUCCAUUGAACGGCAGAUUACAUGUUGGGAUCAGCAGUGCCUUGCUGAGUCCAACACUACAUCUUGCAACAUUAGAUUUAUAAGUUGUGAGAAUACUGGUUCGAACGGUUAUCUUGAGUGGCAAAACAAUACACAGGUAUUCAGCAACUGUGAUGCCACUAAUAAUUCUAUACCGUUUAACUAUGGAAUGUUUUCUAGUGCAUUGAGUAAACGCGCUGUCUCAGCUUCAUUCCUUGAGAAGUACUUCUUUUGUCUGUGGUGGGGCUUGCUGCAGCUUAGUUCAAGUGGAAAUCCUCUUCAGACAAGUGCAUUCAUCGCAGAGAACACUUUUGCCAUAGCAAUUGGUGCUCUCAGUCUCAUACUCUUUGCUCAGCUGAUUGGCAAUAUGCAGACAUACCUGCAAUCUAUCAGUAAAAGGCUUGAAGAGUGGAGGUUGAGGCAAAGGGACAUGGAUGAGUGGAUGAGACAUCAUCAACUCCCACCUCACCUUCAGGAACGUGUCCGGCGGUUUGUUCAAGUUAAAUGGCUUGCGACACGAGGAGUGGAAGAAGAGUCCAUCUUGCAAGCUUUGCCUGCUGACAUACGUCGGGAUGUGCAGCGCCAUCUUUGUUUGGACCUUGUUCGACGUGUCCCUUUUUUCUCUGAGAUGGAUAACCAACUUCUUGAUGCCAUCUGUGAGCGGCUGGUGUCUUUCCUGUGCCCCGAGAAUACAUACAUCUCUCGCGAGGGUGAUCCGGUGAACGAGAUGCUUUUCAUCAUACGUGGCAAACUAGAGAGUUCAACAACCAAUGGAGGACGUAGCAACUUCUUCAACUCUAUCAUCCUGCGCCCGGGUGAUUUUGCAGGUGAGGAGCUGCUCACAUGGGCCCUGCUUCCAAAGACCAAUGUCCACUUCCCGCAUUCGACAAGGGAGGUGAGGAGCCUCACAGAGGUGGAAGCCUUUGCUCUGAGAGCUGAAGACCUGAAGUUUGUCGCGAACCAGUUCCGAAGGCUUCACAGCAAGAAGCUUCAGCACACAUUCCGGUUCUACUCCCACCACUGGAGGACAUGGGCCGCCUGCUUCAUCCAGGCGGCGUGGCGGCAGCACCAGAGAAGGAAGCUGGCUGAGAGUCUCAGCCGAUGGGAGUCAUACUCGUGGUGGUCAGAGGAUCAUCCAACAGCUGAUAAACCCACGCCAGAGGGCACCUCGAGCGGCGGCUCAAGGACAAUUGCUGAGGGCGCCAUUGCCCAUAUGCAUAAGCUCGCAUCUGCUUCCAGAAGGUUCCGCACUGAGGACACCGCAAUUCGCAAGUUGCAGAAGCCUGACGAGCCCGACUUCUCGGCAGACCAUUUCGACUGAACCUGAUGCUUUGCUGCUGAAAGUACGUGUUGUAAAAUUACAGUCGUUGUAUCCUAAUGUAAUUCUAGUACACAAGAACUUUAGGAGUUGUGAAUUGUGAUAGUCUGAUAGAAAAGGUGUAUCAUGUAAACCUGAACUUACUAAAGAGUUUUGAAGCUUCAGAUGCUU